AUGACUAACCUGAAGAAAAUUCGAAAAUCGAUAAAUACCUUAUUGAUUGGCUGGUUUCAAUUAUCGAUUAUUUUCCAUUUCGAAUAUUUUGAAUAUAAAUUUGAUUGUCAAAUUGCCGGGUUUCUUGUGAGUUGGCGAUGCCAACUUGGCAUAACUUCUCCCAAAAAUUUCCAUUUUUAUUUUCAGGCAUUUUUCCAAAUUCUAACAUCUCUCACAUUCCUCGCCGCCUCAAAAACCUAUAUCUCACUGCAUCUCCUCUGCCAACUCAUCAUUUUCAUCGGCUGCGCCUUUAAAGUCUUUGGCGAAUUUAUGGGAUGUGAGUGGGGGUUCGUGGCGAGACCAAUUUCGAUAAAAAAUAGCGCGCAAAAUGGAGAGACGCGAGACAUUUGUGUGCAUUUGUGCGUCACCGUGUUUGCACCAAGUCAAUACAGUAUACCAACCGCGAACCGAGGGCCAAAAAAAUACGUUUUCAGGGUUUCCCAUGUGGCAUGACGAGUUAGCCGAAAUCAAUCUUCUCUUCCAAGCCUUCUACAUUUUCUGCGUAUUUCAACACAUUGAAUUUCUGCUGGAGGAUUCGGAUGGAUUCGAGAAUUCCAAUUUUUUCAUAAAUCCUAACUUUUUUUUUUGAAUCAAAAAUGAAUGAGUUCAAGUAACUCUUCAAUAUUUUCUAGAUAAAAAAUGGUUUCCUGAAAUCCUGAAAUGUUUCCAGAUGACUAAGAUUAACAAAACUAAUCUUCCUGUAACGGUGAGUUUCUCAAAAUUUCCAGAAAUCUCCCCCCAAAAAACAUUUUUCAGCACGAUCUCAACAAUAUUCGAAAAAUCCUCAACACUUAUCUCAUUUUCGCCUUCUUCCAAUUAUCGAUUUUCUUGACUUUCGCCACAGAGGCUUAUCAAACUCAAAGCUACAAAUAUAUGAUUUUGGCGCUUCUUCAGGUCGAGAUUUCGAUCUUGUUCAUUUUGAAGGCGAAAUUUUUCAUCGUUUCGCAUUUGAUUUGUCAAAUCAUCUUCUUCUUAUACUAUUAUGCUCUUCAUUUGAUCAAGUUUUUGACAGGUAUACGGUAGGCGCACUUGUGUGCAUUUGUGCGUCACCGUGUUUGCAGACUCGGAAAAUAUUUUUAUUUUUGUGCAGCCGCCGACACAGCAAAAUUCAAUGUUUUCGAACACUCCGAACAUCUUGCCGGUUUCUACACAAUCUUCCAAAUCUUCUACAUGUUCUGCGUCUUCCAACACAUCGUGAUUCUUGUUGAGAAAACUGAAGCGAAAUCAGAAGAGGAGCAGAAACUUUUCGAAAAUGUUUGA